GUCAUUCAUCAUGGCCUUGUAGCGUAAUCGUUUUGUAAGUGGUGGGUGAUUGUGACUCUGCAGAUUAGGGAAGUGAAGUUAUAUUUUCGACGUCAAUUCAUAUCUGUGGUUCUUCGGUCAAAGUUUAAGAAAUCGUAGUUCUAUUUCAAUCGUAGUCUGUAAUAUAAAAAGGCGUACUCUUUUGAGUGUUCAGUAUUAAGUUUGUAUCGUCAUAGAUCUGUUCAACGAUUAUUUACGUAUACCUAAGCUAGAUUUAUUUUCAGAAAUUCGUGAUUGAAAUCUAUUGAAACCCAUUCUAGAGUGAAACCAUGAGUAAAAUCAAACAAGUAUUCCAAGCUGCCAUUCGAAAUGGAGUGCUACCAGGGGCAGGGACCCGAACGUUUGCCAGUGCAGAGCAUGCACUUGCAGGUGCAGCCAGUGGGGAUCACAGCCAUGCUGGAGGCAUGACGUUUGAAUUAAAUGAAACUCAGAAGGAAUUCCAGGAGUUAGCACGCAAAUUUGCCCAAGAAGAAAUUAUUCCAGUAGCAGCUGAACAUGACAAGACUGGAAAAUUUCCUUGGGAUAUUGUAAAGAAAGCACACGCCUUAGGUCUUAUGAAUGGACAUAUUCCUCCACACUGUGGAGGUCUAGGGAUGGGAGUAUUUGAUGUGAGUUUAGUGACUGAGGAGAUUGCGUGGGGUUGCAGUGGUAUGAUGGCUGCCCUUACUAUUACAAACGUCGCCCAAACACCAGUAUUAGUUGCUGGCAGUGAAGCUCAACAAAAGAAAUACCUUGGCCGCCUCAUAGAGGAGCCUUUACUGGCUGCAUAUUGUGUAACUGAACCAGGAGCAGGGUCUGAUGUGAAUGGAGUCAAAACUAGAGCUGUCAAGAAAGGAGAUGAGUACAUUGUCAAUGGACAGAAAAUGUGGAUCACCAAUGGUGGAGUUGCCAACUGGUACUUUCUGCUGGCUCGCACUGACCCAGAUCCCAAGUGCCCGGCGAGCAAGGCGUUCACCGGCUUCAUUGUGGACCGUGAAACUCCUGGCGUUACUCCUGGCAGGAAGGAAAUUAACAUGGGUCAGCGAGCCUCUGACACCAGAGGAAUAACUUUUGAAGAUGUCCGAAUUCCCAAAGAAAAUGUUCUAGGAGCUGAAGGCCAAGGCUUCAAGAUUGCCAUGGCAACAUUUGACAAAACCCGGCCACCAGUGGCAGCUGGGGCUGUAGGCUUGGCCCAGAGAGCGUUGGACGAGGCCCUCAAGUAUUCCCUGGAGAGGAAAGCGUUUGGUAUUCCCAUCGCAGGACAUCAGGCUGUUGCGUUCAUGUUGGCUGACAUGGCUGUGGGUGUGGAGACCGCACGCAUGGCAUGGUGGCGCAGUGCCUGGGAGACAGACCAGGGUCGUCGCAACACCUACUUCGCCUCCAUUGCCAAGUGUUUGGCAGCUGAUGUGGCGAACAAAUGCGCCACAGAUGCUGUUCAGAUUUUUGGAGGCAAUGGUUUCAACAGUGAGUACCCAGUAGAAAAAUUGAUGCGGGAUGCCAAAAUCUACCAGAUCUACGAGGGAACUGCUCAGAUUCAGCGCUUGAUUAUUUCCCGUGCUUUGUUGGAUCAGGCAAAAGGAAAAUAAAGAAAAGAAUUAUA